AUGGCGUCACAGGCACCUUUACCAUCUCCUACGGGGAAGGUCGAUCUCUCGAAAAAGCUCUCUGAGUUACGGUCAAAUAGCCGAAGGGGAAACCCCAGUUCCCGAGAUCUGACUCCAGCAACCCCUCCUCUCCCUUCGCCGCCCGACCUCUCCGGCCACCAGUACCAGCAACCAAUCCGCCGCAUCCUAUCUUCUAAAGACCAUGAGCUCUUCCUCGCAUCGCCGACCUAUAAACUUGUCCUCGCCUUUAUAUUCGGGCUAACUGAUUCUGUGCGGGGGCAUUCUAUCCCGGACCUCCAGAAAAAGCCUCAAUCCGAAUCCAUCUCCAAGGUCCUCUCAGUCAUCACUCAAAUACGCGCCCUCCUAGCCAAAAACCCGCCAAUUGACCAGGGUGGAUCCCGAUUCGGCAACCCCGCCUUCCGAGCAUUGUGCGACGAUGUAAGCGCCCAGAGCGCAUCAUGGCACACCAACAUUCUGGGGUUGAAAGACUCUGGCGCAAUCGAAGAAGCGUCGACAUAUUUAAUCCACUGCCUGGGCUCACGGGAGCGGAUUGACUACGGCUCCGGCCAUGAACUCAACUUCAUGAUGUGGCUGCUAUGCCUGUACCAGCUAGGUCUUCUCCCCGCCAGCGACUUCCCCGCUGUCGUGAUCAAGGUCUAUGUCGAGUACAUGCAUCUCAUGCGCGAGAUCCAGUCAGCUUACUACCUCGAGCCUGCUGGAUCGCACGGUGUCUGGGGUCUGGAUGACUACCAUUUCCUGCCGUUCUUGUUCGGAGCUAGCCAGCUUGUCGGGCACCCGUAUAUUACUCCGCUGGGUAUUCAUAACACAGCUACUUUAGAUGAAGAGGGUGAUAACUAUCUCUAUCUGGAUCAGGUCCGAUGGGUUGAGAGUGUCAAAUUGGUGAAGGGACUGCGUUGGCAUAGCCCAAUGCUGGACGAUAUCUCUGGUUCUAAGAAUUGGGCCAAGGUUGAGAGCGGCAUGAAGAAGAUGUUCGUUAAGGAAGUGCUGGGAAAACUUCCUAUUAUGCAACAUUUCUUGUUCGGAAGUCUUAUACCUGCUGCCGAAGGCAUGACCGAUUCUUCUGAGAGAGAUGCUGAGCAUGAGCAUGCCCAUGGCCACGACCAUCCUCACGAGAGUUCAGACUGGUUCGGUGACUGCUGCGGCAUCAAGGUACCCAGUACCGUGGCUGCGGGCGCUGAGAUGCGUAAGCGUAUGGGCGGCGGAUCGGACCUGCGCCCAAUUCCUUUCGAUUAA